AUGGCUUAUGGGCACAUGAUUCCGAUGUUCGACAUUGCAAAAAUGUUUGCUUCCCGAGGUGUUAAGGCCACCAUAGUUACUACUCCGGCGAACGCUUCCACCUUCUCAAACGCUGCAGAAAGAAAUAGAUUAUUAAAUCUCGAUGUCAAUGUUCAAAUACUUCAAUUUCCUGCAAAAGAAGUUGGUUUGCCGGAAGGUUGUGAAAACCUUGAUGACUUGGAUGCACUUGAUACGAUCCACACGUUUCUCAAGGCUGUCAACAUGCUCCAACAACCAUUGGAGCGGCUCUUGGAAGAUUACCAACCAGAUUUUAUUGUCGCUGAUUUUACAUUACAUUGGGCAACUGAGAGUGCGGCAAAAUUUGACAUCCCCCGCUUUGUCUUUCAUGGAACAAAUAUAUUCUGGCAGUGCGUUGAGCAUAGCUUGAAUUGCAACAAACCAUUCACAGAUAUCACGUCUGAUACAGAAACUUUUGUGGUGCCAGAUCUCCCUGACAAGAUAGAGAUGACUAUAUCCCAAGUGCCUGAUCCUUUUAAGGUUGAAACCUCGUUUACUGAAAUGGUUCAACAAAUAAAAGAUUCAGAACUUAAGAGCUACGGAGUUUUAGUAAACAGUUUCUACAAGUUGGAGUCAGGUUAUGCAGAUUACUACAGGAACACUAUGGGAAGAAGAGCAUGGCAAAUAGGCCCGGUUUCCCUCCGGAAUAAUAACAACAUAGAUAAAGCUCAACGAGGAAAGCAAUCCGCCGUCGAUGAACAUUAUGUUUUGAACUGGCUUGACUCAAAGGAACCCAACUCAGUUCUUUACAUUUGUUUUGGGAGCACUUCUAAAAUGAAUAAUGCACAAUUGUUAGAAAUAGCAAAGGCUCUUGAAGAUCAGGAAUUUUCAUUUGUUUGGGUUUUAAGAAAAACUCGGGACAUCGAAGAAAAGAGUUUUUUGCCCGAAUGUUUCGAAGAGAAAAUCAAAGGAAAGGGUUUGAUAAUAAGAGAAUGGGCACCACAAGUACUUAUCCUUGAUCAUCCAUCCAUCGGUGGGUUCAUGACUCAUUGUGGCUGGAACUCUAUACUUGAAGGUGUGAGCGCUGGGGUUCCCUUGAUCACAUGGCCUAUGUUUGCAGACCAAUUAUACAAUGAGAUUCUUGUUACUCAGGUGCUGAAGACGGGGAUUCGAGCUGGCACUCAAAAAUGGAACCUAUGGUUCGAAACAGAUUAUGUAUCCACAAAGAAGGAUGAGAUAGAAAAGGCAAUCAAUCAGCUGAUGGGUGAUGGAGAAGAAGCAAAGGAAAUGAGAAGUAAAGCCAGGGAACUAAGUGAAUUGGCUAGGAAAGCUGUAGAAGAAGAUGGGUCGUCUAACACCGAAUUUACUUCUUUGCUCGAAGAGUUGAGACUCUAUAACGAACCAUCAACAUAG